AUGGCCCAAAAAAACUGGGGUGGUCCCCACAGGUUUUUUGGGGCUGGUGGAGCCCCCAUUGGGGAGCAGCCCCCCCGAAGACCCCCCGGGGGAAAAAAACCUCCCCCGCGUGCCCGUGGCCGCCUUAGUGAAGUUCCGGUGCGUGUGCAAGGCGUGGCACGGCGCGCUGCGCUCCCGGACUUCCUGCGCGCCUACGCCGAGGCGCGCGCGCAGGGCCCCUGGUUCUUCAUGUUCACGGACGACGACUACCGGGACGGCUCCAGCUUCGACCCGCUGCUCAACACUUGGCACCACAUCCCGCUGCCGGCGCUGCCCCGGGACGAAACGUUCUUCCCAGCUGCGUCCGCGGGCGGGCUGAUCUGCUUCGGGUGCUACGCCGACGGGUGGAAGACGUUCGUGGUGUGCAAUCCCCUGACUCGGGUGUGGCGCCAGCUCCCUUCCAUGCUGAAUCCCCCCUUCCGGCUGCACACUGUCGGCAUGGUCGUCGACGCCGACACCACUUCCUACAAAGUCCUCGUCGCCGGCAAUUCCGACAUUUACGAGGUAUAUGAUUCAGCAACCAAUUGCUGGGAGAAGACAUGUAUAAUCCCACCAGGGUUUUACAGGUGGCACCAAGGCAUACUUUGCAAUGGGUUUCUAUAUUCCAAGCGUUUUGAGUUUGAUGGUUUGGUAGCAUAUGAUAUGGUGGAAGGUGUGUGGAGCAAAAUUCAAGCUCCCAUGCCUCAUGCCUUUGACUACCAUGCUUUGGUGGAGUGUCAAGGCCACAUUUACACUGUCGGUGGACAAAUGAAGAAUGAUGUCACUAAACAGAUUUGUAUUCUGCAGCUUGAAAGAACUUCUCUUCAAUGGAUUGAGGUGGAUUCCAUGCCAAAGAUUUUGUUUGAGGAGUUUUUGAAGGAUGGAGAAUCCUUUAGUUGUGCAGGAUAUAGUGAUCUUGUUAUGUUAUAUAUUCCUGGUGGAUUGAAAGAUAGGUUGGUUUUGUUGUAUGAUUUAAUUAAAAAACUCUGGAGGCGGUUGCCACAGUGCACUUUACCAGAGCAUUGCAUGCAAGAUGGACUUUUAGAUGGUAUUUCUUUUGAGCCUCGUUUGGAUGCUGUUGUUUGACACCCUGAAUUUUUUCAUGAAAAUCAAAACUCUUUGUGUCGUAAAUCAUGAAAAAUAUGGUGGGUGUUACAUUUCCAGAGUCAUUUUUGAAUAGAAUAUAUUACUGUAUAAAAAUGUUGAAUGAAAAUUAAUAUUCUAAGUCAAGAUUAUAUAA